UGAAAUUAAUUCAAAUGAGUAUUUAUAUCUGCUUGUUUGUAAUGUAAGUUUAUUCCGUAAAUUUUAGUCCGGUUUUGGGAUAAAAUGAUGAGAAAGUUGCAAAAGAUUAGAAUUCCAUAGAUAAAAAUAAUGUAUGUAUCUUAUGCUUUUCUUGGAAUUUUAUAGGAUUGAAAAUGGCAAGUUUAUAAUACUGUUAAUAUUUUUGGCAUUGCUUUUUCGUUAUUUGUAUACAAGGAAAGUAUUAUAAAGAAUUGGGGAUUUGAUUAUUAGUCUAAAAAAUCUUAAAGAAAAUAAAUAGUAAUAAUAAAUUCCAGAGAGUGAUGAAUACUAUAAAAAAAGUAUAUUGUAAAAUAAAAUGAAUUAGAUUCAAUAAUUAAACAGUUGAAAAAAGUAUUAAAAUUUUUGAAAAGUUAAUUCAAAAGAACACAUGAAUCUUAGAUAGAUGUUUCAAAGAAAUACAGUUAAUUUGAUAUGGAAGAAUCAAUUUGA